AUGGCGGCCACAUACGAGCACACUGGUGCAUUUUCCGGCAGCGUCAGUCGGCAAACGCUGGCUCCAGUCGGGCCGUCGAUGGUGGACCAGCUACCAAACAUCAACUUUGGCUUUGAGGAGCUGCGCGAUCGCAUGGCGCGAUUUACAACCAAAUUCGACACAUAUAUUGAACAAGGGCGCAAAAGGGUAUUAGAGGAGCGCAAUCGGUUCCGCAUGGAAGUUGCCGAGUUACAAGAGGACCAACGAAUGAAGAAGAAGGACAUUGAAAUUGCGCACGUCAACACAUCCACAUACCAGCAGAGCAUCGAAAAGGAAGAGACGGAAAAGCAAGAGAUGGAGGCGGCCAUUGCCUCGCUGUCGGCGCAGCGCGACCACCACCUGGCGACGCGCGACAACCUGCGGGAGCAGAUUGCGCAGACGCAGCGCGACAUUGACGCCAAGCUGGCGGCACAGCGCGCGCACGCGGCGCAGCAGAAGGCGCAGUCGCGGUUCAACGUGCCGGAGCUGGAUUUCUGGAUCACGAACCUGUGCCUGCGGAUCGAGGGCGCAGGCCGCGACGACCGGCUCAAGUUUGUGUACACGCACGUCGACGAGAGGAGCUGGGAGCGCGAGGCGUGGUUUGAGCUGGCGACGGGCGCGCGCGACUACGACGUCAGGCACUGCCGGCCCAAGCUAGAGCGCGAGGCGGUCGAGAGGGUGUUGGAGAAGGUGAAUGAGUCGAGGGAGCUCGUGGUGCUGCUCAAGGGCAUGAGGGAGCUAUUUGUAGAGGCGAUGAAGUCGUAA